AUGUCGCCCGACGCAGUUCUUGUAACUUAUGCUGCGUCACCUACGUUUCUCUCCUCAGACCUAUGGAAGCAGUUUCAAGCUGCUCUUCUAGCUCAGCUGCCACUGCAAAACAUUCACUGGAAGUCAACAUCGCGGCCCUCUAUUAGGACCAUACAGCAACUAAACGUCAAGUUGGUUCCCCUGGAUAGUAUUCGCGAUGAGCAGACGACACAAAUACCCCUGACAAUCCUGGAGAGGCCACUGCUGAACUUGUAUAUAGUCAUCUGCGAGGAUCACGAAGCAUACAAAAAUUCAGUCCGAAAGCAGAUCAAAGACUGGCACUCGAUUGUAGUACAACGCAAGAGCCAAGAAUGGUUGAUAUUGUAUAUGGACAGGUCCGAUAUGAAGGCACCGGCGCCGAGCUUUUUUCAGGUGAAAGCAUCGGUGCUCGACAAGAUCAAGGCCGAUUUCAAUAUUGAUAAAAGAGAUAGAUGCGUGCAGAUUGCUUGGUCUCCAAAUUUCGAUAAUCCCUCCGUCUGGGUGGAUGUCAUCACGAAAAUAAAGGACGGUUUACUUUCUGCGUUUGAUGCCACUGUGAUGCAAAAGGAAGAUGAGGUCAGGCGUUCGGAAAGCCAGAGACAGAUGCCUGGGUGGAAUUUCUGCACCUUCUUUAUUCUGAAGGAAAGUCUGGCUAGCUCCUUCGAGGGAGUCGGCUUAUAUGAUGAUGCCCUUCUUCAAUACGACGAGCUUGAAGCUUCUUUCUACCAAGUGCUGCGGGAGAAGAAUCUCUCGUGGUUCGGGACUUUAAUCUCUCCUAGUCCUAAUGAUGACUCUAUGCCUCUAUUGUCUACGACGAAGAAGCCGUAUCGGGACCUCAUCCUCGCGAACACUAUCUCUGUCUUCGACUUCAGGAUAUAUUUGCUUGCUCGUCAGUGUAAUCUGCUCGGAAAGAUGGGGAGAGUCGUCGAAAUAGGGAGAAAAUCCUCCGCCUUCCUAAGUGCAUUCGGUAAGAGGCUUCUGGACACGAAGGAGACAAUCCCCACCGGAUUCGUAGAGUCUUGGGUAUAUUCUUCCGCUCUUAGUGUCGUCGACCAGUGCGAUAGAUGGGCGUCCGAGUUACAGCUUGACGAGAAUUCUGGGACUACUUUCGAUGCUAUCAAGGGCGAACUCCUGGAACUUGCCCGUCACCAGCUCGAUACAAUAGGCGUUCAACUGCGGUAUUUGCCGAUGAAACCGCCGUUCUCUACCAGUUCUUUUCUGCCGCCAGAACACCUGUCUCGUCCUGUAGACCCGAGCGAGUAUUCCAUAUCACAAUCAGAACUCCUAGCUUCUAUCAAGGACGAAGAAGCAUUCUACGACCUUUAUAUACGAGUAACAAAUAGAGCGAUCGAACGGUAUGCCAAAGCCCGCAGGCGCAAGUUUGCUUUGAAGCUGCAUGGAAGUUUGGCAGCGCUGGAUGUCCACAGGAGUCGUCUUCCCGCUGCUCUGCAGACAUUCACCUCUUUACCUGCUCAUUAUGCUCCCCAUGGAUGGACGUCUCUCGAAGCCCUGGCUCUGUUCGAAGCGAUGAAUGCACAUUCGCGUCUUGACAAAGCAAAGGAUACCGAGUGGAUCCAUGUCUUGCUGGCCUUUUUGAAGACUUACGUGCAUAGCACGGAGGACGACUUGCUGAUACAGAUGGACAACAAGAAGGAAUACCUCCAGAAUCUCCUUCAAGCUUUGCAUGAUGCGACUGGGGAACUCGUCACUGACCUGUUUCACACGGAUUAUGACAUACUGUCAGUACAGGUCAAUGCACGGGAGGCUGAGAUCGCUGAGACUCAGGAUGGUUCAUAUUUGAAUGUCUCAGUUACCAAUCAUCUGCCUUGCGAUAUUCUCGUCGACGAAGUCAACGUGAUGCUUGCUGGGCCAGAUACAGAGAAACUUAGGUACACGGCGAAGGUGGAUGUAUUGCAGCCAGGAACCGCGUCCCUAAAGUUGUUCUGUGCCAUGCCUACUAAUGGCACUCAUGUCCUGGACAGCACAGAGAUCCGUGUCCGCAAACUAGUUUUCCAAUCGCUCCACCGCAGGAAUCAUGCAGCGGGCCAGAACCCACGGGUUCGGGAGGAUAGUCCUGUUUUAGUGCACGUCCCGAGGGACCCUAGAGCUCUGAGUGUUUCAGCGCGUCAACCUGAUUCUAUCGAACUUGGAUGCUCAGCUCAAGUCCUGGUUUCCAUGUCAUCGGGACGCAAUUCGUUGUCCAGCGCCCAGCUGACGUUGUCGAGCCCAACGGGCGUGCAGUUCAAUCAUAAAUCCGCCACUUUCCUUGGAAAUGAGGAGAGGGCGGUCGAAUUUCAAGAGGACCGCGUCACAAUCAAAGGCGUAGAACGCGACAGUGUCGUCGCAUUUCUCGUGCCCUACACUGAUGCACAGCCAUUCCAAGCUUUGACGAUCAACAUGCUGGUUGAAUAUGUCACCUCAUCUGAGCCUGACGUCACUCGCGUAUUGCACGCUGCCAGAGUGGUGGCGACUUCCUUACCUGUAGCGGUGAAUGUCCAAGACUUUUUCCGCGGAUCAAGACUAUUUUCACAGUUCACAGUAUCCACAACAUCACAUCAAUUUGUGCGCAUCAAAGAGGCAGAAUUGUCUGUCGUCGGCAGUAACCCUGACGGCGUGCAGACUGUGACACCAGCCCAGCCUGGAAACUUCCUGUUCCGCUUAAUCUCCAAGCAUGGCCCAGUGCGGGACUCCCUCCGGCUAUCAAUCAAAUAUAAUAUGCUACGGGAUGAGAUCGAAGCGUUGGUAACACGAGCGGUAGACCGCUUGUCCAGUAGUGCAGCGAUCCGGACAAGUGAUGCUCCGGUAAUCGUUGACUCUCUGUUAUCAAGCCUAGAAGGCGAUGCAUCUUGGAUAGAGCACUACAUUGUCACGGGCGUUAUGCGGUUACCAAAAGGAAUCAAGUUCCCGCAAGAGAUGUUCUUGGAACAUCUUGAGGUUCAAAAAGUGAGGUUGGGCCAGUUGUAUAGUACCAUACUGACUAUGAGUGUGCAGGCUCUCAAUGAACAGUGUAAGGAAUUGUCAAACGAAGGGUGGCGGGAGAUACGCAUUCCCGUGGACGUCCCAAGGAUGAAUAUCAUCGCUGCUGCGAGAAUCCGUAUCCUCUCAGAUCCAUUCGAGGCGGAUACGAAUAAGCGGCUCCCGCUAUACGCUGGUCAACCUAUCCCAGCUGAGUUGACGGUCACGACUUCGUUCCACUGGGGAGGCAGGUCAGAGGAUAAAGAUAAGACGUACAAAAUGCGAUUUGACGUGGAAGAGUUGAUCAAAGAGUGGCUGGUCAGUGGCCGGAAACGAGGUGAUUUCAUAGCCAAGAAUGGCGAGACUUACACCAUUCCUAUUACUCUUAUCGCACUGCAUCAUGGCGAGCUCCCACUGCCCAAAGUUGCUGUAACACCGCUGCCGUUGGCAGGGGAGUAUGCCAUGGGGUCGCUCGCUCUUCCGAGCGCAGAGACCUAUCAGAUGCACGGAGCGGAGAAAGUACUAGUGCUGCCUAGGGGUGGCCGAAGUACUUUCGUUCUUGAUAUGGGAUUCCAUUCGGAGUCAUAA